ACAAUAAUUAGUCAUCUCUCUCUCUCUCUCUCCUCUUCUUUCGACCCUAAAAGCUCUCUCUCGUGUGCUUUUUUAAUUAAUCCCCUGGGCAAAAUCUGUCGGAGCCGUCCAUUUUCAUCGGUAAGAGUAUCAAUUUGUUAGAUCUAGGGUUCUUCUUCUUCCCCGUGGGAGAUAGAUUUCAUGGUGUGAUAGAUCUGGCGUUCCUAGGGUUCUUCGCCCUCGGGUGUGAUUGCAUUGCGCUGAAAUUGGAGGUGGUGUGUACAUGGAGAGAGGUGGGAGGAGAUCCGGUGGUGUAUUAAUCAAAAAACGAAGCUCCUCUGGUUGCUUGAUUCUCAAGAAGAAGAAGAGCGAUGCGAUUGGUAACCUUAGGUCUACGAGUGAUUCCGAGUCUAGCGAUAAGCCUCACUAUGGCAAUAAUGUAGAAGAGUCUCGUUUUGGGUUGAAAAGGGAUUAUUAUUAUCCUGAGGAUUGUUUUGUUGGGAAUAGCAGAGAGUGGAAGGAGAGGCAUAGAUUAGAAGAAGAUGAAGAGAGCGAAGAUGAGUUGUUGAGGAGAUCCUAUGAUGGUAUGGGUAAGAAAUCAUAUAAUAGGGAAUGUGGAACUGCCUCUAGUAGUAAAUAUUUAGAUAUUGAGAGGAAGAGAAGAAGAAGAAGACCAUGUUUAGAUAAGCAGCUUCUUGUUGUUGGUGGGAACGAGAGUAUACAGAACAACAAGCCUUACAUGGAUUUGGAUCGACCAAUCAGGGUUCAGGGCAAAAACGGUGUCCUCAAGGUCAUGCCUAGGGUGAUGAGAGGAGGGUUACCACAUCAUGUCCACCAAGCUAAACAACAACAACAACCUGGGGAGACUGGUAAAAUACGUGUUGCUAUCAAGACUGAAGAUAUGCUUCCCCCUACUACUGCAAGGAUACACCACUCAAAUGGGUUGAAAAUACACACGAAGAGCCAAGAUUCUGAAGACAGUGAUUCUUCAGGGCGGCUGCAGAAGAGGAUCGUUCAACCUCACAAGGUUUUGAAGGUUGAGAGAGAGAAAGCUUUACCCGAGGCGCCGAUUCUUCCGAAAACCAAAGAAGGCAAGGUUAAGCGGGGUUCAGGCACGGAGAAGCAGAGAUUACGUGAGCGGAUCAGAGAAAUGUUGCUGGAAGCAGGGUGGACUAUUGACUAUAGACCUAGAAGGAAUAGGGACUACUUAGAUGCUGUUUAUAUAAGCCCCAGGGGAACUGCAUAUUGGUCUAUUAUCAAGGCUUAUGAAGCCCUUCUUAAGCAGGUCAAUAGUGGGGAAAUAGUGGCCAAGCCUUGUGAAGUUGGUUCCGCUGCUACUCUCAUCUCAGAUGAGAUACUCAGUCAGUUAACGCGGAAAACCAAAAGGAAGAUUGAAAACGAUAUGAAAAGGGGGGUGGAACAAUGUGCCAAUGAUAGUGAUGGACAAGGAAGUCUUGGUGAUUUUACAGCUCCUCUUGAUGACGGACUUACACAUGUCUCACUGGAUCUAUCUGGUUGACCGUGUCUUGGUUACAAUUUAGACCGUGGGAACAUACUGCACUCAGGUCCGUCCAGUUUCAGGUUUUUCUUUGUACCAUUUAGUUGGUGGAUAGCUUCUUCCAGUCAAUGUUUUAUCUGCUGGUGAACCUUGCAGCUUCAUGAUUGAAAAGUAUUGGAGCCGCUUGGUAUUGAGUGUGCACCGAUAGCUUUUUCCUGGAUCUUUCUCUGUAAUUUUAGCAUGUUGAAGUUGACCAAUGUCAUGCUCUUGUUUCUUCUAUCAGAACACUAUUCUAGCUAGAUGUUUGUCAAAUAUUUCUCUCUUUGAAUCUGCAAUGACUCAAUGAGUCUUCUUUGCGUAGCCUCUAAAUUAGUUUUAAUAUUACUAACUUUUAUUUAUUUAUUUAUGAUAACGCCUUUCUCAUU